AUGCAAGUCACGUUCGCCCUGUCAAAUUUGACAGGACGAGCAAAUCCUUGGGCCUUAGGGCUUAAGCUUCACGACCCAAACGUGUUUGAGUCAUUGGAGAUCUUGAAGUCUCGGCUCAAAGAGAAUUUUGAGCCGCCUUUAGCCGAGUUCAGAGCACGCUCUGCACUCUUGAGGCUAAAGCAAGUUAAGCGUGACGUGCACGCUUACGCACAACACCUACGCUACCUUGCAAGUAGCGUUACGGAAAACCCUGUUUAUGAGCACACGCACAUCAACGCGUUCAUCUACGGCCUUGUGGAUGUCCCGGUGAAGACCUACAUGUUCCAAGAGGACUUCCAUACGCUCGGAAAGGAGAUAGCAUAUGCGGAACAAGAAGACUUCAGCCUGAGACAGUCUCAGGAUAUUUCGUCAAACUAUCGUCCGACAAGACGACAGGAAACAGGAGGUCCCGAACCAAUGGACCUCUGUUACAUCGAGAGCGAGAACUCUCGCUCUCUGAGUCACAAGCGAACGGCAAGGUGCCAUCGCUGA